UCGUCUCGUCUCUAUCCCCUGCGCCGUUCCCCUCUCCCUCUCGUGACGGCUGCGCGCUUGAACCCCCCACCCCGCACACACUCGCGCCGGACCCGACGAAUCGCGGCGGCGGAGGGCGGCGGAGGAGGAGGCGGUGACGGAGGGAGAGAGAGACAGGCGGCCCGGCGAGAUGAAGUACGUCCUGGUGACCGGCGGCGUGGUGAGCGGCCUCGGAAAGGGGGUGACGGCCAGCAGCAUCGGCGUCGUGCUCAAGGCCUGCGGCCUCCGCAUUACCUCCAUCAAGAUCGAUCCUUACCUUAACACUGAUGCUGGAACCAUGUCUCCUUUUGAACAUGGCGAAGUGUUUGUUCUAGAUGAUGGUGGCGAGGUGGACUUGGAUCUUGGAAACUAUGAGAGGUUUCUAGACAUUAAGCUGACACGGGACAAUAACAUAACUACUGGAAAGAUCUACCAGUCUGUUAUUAAUAAAGAAAGAGAGGGAGAAUACCUGGGAAAGACUGUGCAGGUUGUCCCACACAUUACAAAUGCCAUACAAGAUUGGAUUGAGCGCGUUGCAAUGGUUCCUGUUGAUGGCCAGGAGGGACCUGCCGAUGUCUGUGUUAUAGAACUGGGUGGCACUAUAGGGGAUAUUGAAUCCAUGCCAUUUAUUGAAGCUCUAGGUCAAUUCUCCUAUCGUGUUGGUGCUGGUAAUUUCUGUUUGGUACAUGUCAGUCUGGUUCCGGUAUUGAAUGUUGUCGGUGAGCAGAAAACUAAGCCAACUCAACACAGUGUACGUGGUCUGAGAGGACUUGGUCUCACGCCAAAUAUGUUAGCUUGUCGCAGUACUAAGGAGCUAGAGGAAAAUGUGAAAGAAAAACUCUCCCAGUUUUGUCAUGUGCCGGCCGCUAAUAUUUUCACCCUAUAUGAUGUUUCGAACAUUUGGCACAUUCCUUUGCUGUUACGGGACCAGAAAGCACACAAUGCUAUCCUUAAAGUUCUGAAUCUUGAAAGUGUUGCCCAGGAGCCGAAGUUGGAUGAAUGGGUGGCAAGGGCCACUUUAUAUGACACCCUACAGGAUGAAGUUGGUUUCUGUUUGACCUUUGCAAUUGUUUUAUCUGUCUGGAAACCUUUACUUAGGGCCGCUUGUACUGUACUGUUGUUUCAGGUGAGGAUUGCCAUGGUUGGAAAGUACACUGGUCUGUCUGAUUCGUACCUUUCUGUGUUAAAGGCACUUUUGCAUGCUUCUGUCUCUUGCCACAAAAAACUUGUUGUAGAUUGGGUUGCUUCCACUGAUCUUGAGGAUUCAACUGCUUCUGAGGCGCCUGAUGCUUACAAAGCAGCAUGGACUUUAUUGAAGGGCGCUGAUGGCGUUUUAGUGCCCGGUGGCUUUGGAGACAGAGGUGUUAAAGGGAAAAUGAUGGCUGCUAAGUAUGCCCGUGAAAACAAUGUCCCCUAUCUUGGCAUAUGCCUUGGCAUGCAGCUUGCUGUUGUAGAGUUUGCACGCCAUGUUAUGAAAUUCCCUGAUGCGGACAGCACAGAAUUUAAUCCCAAUACGAAGACCCCAUGUGUUAUUUUUAUGCCAGAGGGUUCAAAAACACAUAUGGGUGGGACCAUGCGCCUUGGAUCAAGGAGAACAUUUUUCAAGGUUACUGACUGCAAAUCUGCCAAGCUCUAUGGUGAUGUCAACUAUGUAGAUGAGAGGCAUCGGCACAGAUAUGAGGUAAAUCCUGAUAUGGUGCCAGCAUUUGAAAAUGCUGGACUUCAGUUUGUUGGCAAGGACGAGACUGGACAGAGAAUGGAGAUCAUUGAAAUACCUGAUCACCGGUUCUUUGUCGGCGUCCAAUUCCAUCCGGAGUUCAAGUCAACGCCUUCAAAACCUUCACCUCCAUUUGUCGGACUAAUCGCUGCAGCAUGCGGACAACUGGACCAGGUGCUGCAGGACAGCUGCAAUGGCCAUGUGGUUGCGGCUAAACACAAGCUCGGCGACAGCUUCUCGACACCCCUAGUACACCAGAACGGGCACGCGCAGAAGCAAGCCAAUGGUGGUGUAGCAAAUGGAACCUGCCAUGCCAACGGCAAUGGCAGUACCCAUGGUUAGCGCGCCGCGGGUUUCGCCAAGGGGAUCAUCUCGCCUGUCUUCUGUGGUCCUCAUCGUCCCGUCGACUGCGACAACGGCUGAGCAACUUAUCAGCAGGGCCGGCGGCCCUACAAGAAGGGCGACGGUCAGAGCCUAGGAAAAAAAAAUAGAGGACUAGCAUUUUAUACAUGAGCACCUUUGUAUAGUAUUAGGUUCUGUGCUGAUAUGCAGCCGAAUGUUUUUGAUCCUUGCGUGUGGACUAAAUAAUAAGCUAGACAUCUUAGAAGGUUUUAGUUGUCGAGACAGAGCCCGGGUGGUUGGGUGUGUACUUUGAUUUCCUUUAAGAAACUUAUGGUUACUGUUUCUUCCCAGUUAAUUCCAGUUUCUUUCUC